GUAAAAGAGGGAGAGGAUCGACGAACAGAACAGCAUGCUGCGGCCUUCUCCUGCCUCGGCAACUCUGUCCUCUUAUUCCUCUUGCUUCCCAUCAGAACCUUCCUGAUUCUCCUACCGUCUAGGUUCUAGUCGUUCUUCCCCAACCAUGUAGAACCGCCGUGCAAGUGGUGCGCAUCAUGCGCGGGUUAGGCACGAGCACGGAGCUCGCACUGUCGCUAGGCCACGGGGCCGGUUCAGAAAGGAAACUAACGCAGUACAGCAUGUCUGCCGGAGCACCAACUCAUCAGUAGGAGGAGGUACAUCUGCAUCGGCAGUUGAAGCUCUGGCUAGAUCGAGGUCAUCCCCUUUCAAUUGUUUUCUGAAUUUUGUGUACUUAAAAAGUUGUAUGUCAUUCGUCUCAGGUUUUGAUUGAACGGAAGCCAAAUCUGGGAUCGAGAGAGAGGAGGAGCUCCGAAAAUGCAAGGCUUUGCCGUUGGGGUGUCAAGCGUGGGAGCUAGCGGAGCGUACGUACUAGGCGACAAAGUUUGAUUCUUCUUUCUAGCUCCGGUGGCGUGUAUAACCGCGCCCGCUUGAGAGCCACACGAGACACUCCGCCGAUGGGAAAAGAAGACGAAAAUAUACACAUCAAGCAAGAUGAUACCCAUAUCCUUGCGUCCAUUUUUCACCGUACGAAUGCUGCGAGUCCACAACUCCUGAUGGAUGCUGGCCAUGGCGCGCUCUUCUCGUGCUCCUAGUCCUCCUAGCUUGCGUGUGUGCGGUUCUGAGGUGGCCACACCAGCAGACGAUGGAUGAAAUCGGCAACCUCAACCGUGACACGAGCCACAUAGCUAGGCUGGCAGACCGGCCUGCCGGGAACGAAGCUCAGCUAGCUAGCGCUGAGUGUGAUAGGGCAGAUGAUGCCACAGUCUCUACGCAAAAGGCUGGAAUUAUUCCGAGGGAGGGGAGGCGCGGGAGAAGCAUCGAUCGAGAGAGAUGAGCAGCAGGGUGUGCUGCGUCACCGGAGCCGCCGGCUACAUCGGCUCCUGGCUCGUGAGGAAGCUCCUCGGCCGAGGCUGCGUCGUCCACGCAACCUUGCGUGACCUCGGGGACGGGAGCAAGACCGCGCUGCUGCGGGGUUUCCCCGGCGCGGCGGAGCGGCUGCGGCUGUUCCAGGCGGACAUGUACGACGCCGACACCUUCGAGCCGGCCAUCGCGGGGUGCGAGUUCGUCUUCCUCGUCGCCACGCCGAUGGCGCACGACCCCACCAGCACCAAGUACAAGAACACGACGGAGGCGACGGUGGACGCGGCGCGCAUCAUCCUGCGGCAGUGCGAGCGCUCUGGCACGGUGAGGCGCGUCAUCCACACGGCCUCGGUCACGGCCGCCUCGCCGCUGCGAGAGGGCGGCGGCGGGUACAAGGACUUCAUCAACGAAUCGUGCUGGACGCCGCUCGACCUCUCCUACGGGUUCAGCAACGUCUACGUGGACGCAUACAUGCGGUCCAAGUCGCUGUCGGAGAAGGAGCUGCUGCGCUACAACGACGACGAGACCUCCUCCUCCUCCUCCCGGCGCCGGGCGUUCGAGGUGGUCUCGCUGGUGUGCGCGGUCGUCGGCGGCGACACCGUCCAGCCGGACCUGGGGAACAGCAUCCAGGUGCUGUUGGCGCCGCUGACGGGCCACGCCGCCCACCACAACUCCCUCCUGUUCUUGCAGGCACUGCUAGGCUCCGUGCCGCUGGCGCACGUGGAGGACGUCUGCGAGGCGCACGCCUUCUGCAUGGAUCAGCCGGCCAUGGCCGGCCGCUUCCUCUGCGCCGCCGGGUACCCAAACAUGCGCGACAUCCUCGACCGCUUCGCCUCCAGGUUCCCCGACAUCAAGAUACGGCUCCAACAGGUGACAGGGGAGGGGGUGAGGGUGCGAGGUGACACCACCAAGCUUGAGGACCUGGGGUUCAGGUACAGGUAUGGCGUGGAGGAGACGAUGGACGGCAGCGUCGAGUGCACCAAGAGGUUGGGGGUGCUCUAGGCGUUACGUUCACAUGCUUGUGCAGAUGCGUGCCAGUUCGGACUCGAUUGCAGCUAUUAUCGUACGUGAUGGUGGGGUGUGUGUGUAUCUUUCGUGUGUGGAUUUCCACCGACGAUUUGUCCCAAAUCCCGAUGAGUUUUUUUCUUUUGACAAUACCUACUUUGUAUCGAGAUGAAACUCAGUACAGAAAAGACCACGCCAAAAAAAAAAGAGCGUGCGGUUCUAGUUCCCA